UGUAAUAAUUAGCCUUUGUUUGUAUAACUGUUAGUAUCACAGCCUUGUAAAAAGGUCUGUCACCAAUGCUACCAAAACUGUUAUUAACACUACUAACCCCUUUUAUAUCAUAAUUAUAUUGGUUCCGGCUAAGACCAAUAUUAAUAUAAGAUAUAUAUAUACCAAACUAAGUCUAUAUAACAAUUUUCUAGUGUAAAAAUUAAAUUCAGCUCAAAACGAAUCAGUUAUAUUAUUUAGAGUAACUAGACUUUUAAAAGAAUAUGAAAAUGUUUCUGCGAUUAUUAUUGACUGUAUUCUUCUGUGGUUUCGUUUUGUGUCAAAUGGUGAAUAGCCAAUACAGAGAGGCAGAGUUUAAUCAUGUAGAUCCUGAUGGAUAUAAUGCAUUAUAUGAAGAAGAUCCUAAUUACAUUCAAAAACGUGUUCAAUUUCUACGUCUCGGCAAAAGAUUAGCCAGGAAAUCUGCAUAUCCUUAUGUUGGUUAAACAUUAUGCUGAUUUCUUUAAAAGAUAUGAAAAAACAACUGUUUAACAAAAAUACAAAUUUUUAAAAUGAAACUAAAUUAAUAUAUAAGUAAUUAUUUACGAA